GUGAUUAGUGCAUUUUAUCGAUUCGAAGCUUUCAUUUUUUAUUGAUUAAUUCUCCAAAAAUCUUCGAGCCAAGCCAAGCCCUAAUCGUGGGGAACUCUUCUUCUUCUUCGCUCCAACUCAGCGAGAGAGUGAGAGAAAGAAGCCAUGGACGCCCUGAGGAAGCAGCUCGACCAGUUGAUGGGGGCAAAUCGAAACGGCGACGUUCGAGAGGUCAGCCGCAAGUAUUACGAUCGCGAUGUCUGCCGUCUCUACUUGGUCGGGCUUUGUCCUCACGAGCUUUUCCAAUUAACGAAAAUGGAUAUGGGGCCAUGCCCUAAGGUGCACUCUUUGCAGCUAAGGAAAGAAUAUGAAGAAGCCAAAGCAAAGGGGACUGAUAACUAUGACAGAGAUCUCGAGGAUGUUAUUGACAGGCUCAUUGUCGAGUGUGAUAGAAAAAUUGCUAGAGCUCUUAAGCGUCUUGAGGAUGAUGAUGCAAAGGCUGCUAUUGCAAUUUCUGUUUCUGAGGUUACUCAGCAGACACCAGAGAUAAUUGAGUUGUCAAAGCAGAUCAAGGAGAAAUUGAAAGAGGCUGAUCAAUAUGAUCUUGAAGGCAAGACAGAUCUUAAGAUUCGAGCACUAGAGGUGAUAGAAGAGCUCAGAACCCAAAGAGCAGACAAACAGUCCAUGCUUCUUUUGGAUGCCUUCAACAAAGAUCGGGCAUCUUUACCUCAACCCUUGCCAAAUCCUCCACCUUUGGCACCUUUGCCUGUAGCUGCUCUUGAUCCUCGCACACAGGAAAUGAUAAAUGAAAAACUGAAGAAGGCCGAAGACCUUGGUGAGCAAGGGAUGGUUGAUGAAGCACAAAAAGCAUUGGAAGAGGCUGAAGCCCUGAAGAAGCUGCCUGCCAGGCAGGAGCCAGUUCUUGAUUCCACUAAGUACACUGCCGCUGAUGUGCGCAUUACUGAUCAAAAGCUAAGGGUAUGCGACAUAUGUGGAGCAUUCUUAAGUGUUUAUGACAGUGACCGACGAUUAGCUGACCAUUUUGGAGGGAAGCUUCAUUUAGGCUAUAUGCAAAUCCGUGAGAAGUUGGCAGAGCUGCAGGAAGAGAGAAACAAAGUUCGCAAGGUUGAUCGAUAUGAUGAUAGGAGGUCAAAAGAGCGAAGUAGGGAGAAUGAAAGGGAGUCCAGUAGGGACAGAGAAAGAGCGGGUAGCCGCGAUCGAAGAGAUUAUGAUCGUAAGAGCAGAGAUCGUGAUAGACAUCACGAUCGUGAUCGCGGAUAUGAUCGUGAACGUGAGAGGGAUUCAGAUCGCUCCCGCAGUUAUGAUUCAAGAAGCCGCCGUGACCGCUCAAGAUCACGGGAGCGUUCAAGGGACUACGAUCGCCACAGCAGGCGUUAUGAUCAUCGGUACUAGAGAAAUUCUAAUGCAGAGAAGAGAGCCUAUGUGGGGGUGGAAAUUUGUGAUCUUUCUCUAGGUCAGUGUUGAAACUAAUGUUAGGAAAAAAUAACAGUUUGUGUUUCUUCCUAAAUUUUUAUCUAUAUAUCUGGAGUUGAGCUGUUUCUCCUGUGGAGGACGUAAGGAGUGCUGCUUAGGUUUUCCCAACUUCGUUGUAAGAGACUAUGAGGUAUGUUGGAGAGGUAUGUUUUAUUCUGUUUUAAGUCAUUGCCAUUUGCAUCCUUUUUUAUAAUCUCUGGUUGCAAUUUUGGUUUUGGUUGCUUACGACUACUACCACUACGAAAUUUGGCUUCUAAUGUAUGAAGUUGAGUCGAAAAAUCGACAUGGAAUGUCUCGAGGUAAGAAAGAUUGAACAUCUACUCGUUUUAAAGUUUGAUACUUUUUGGCCAAAUUGGCGACUAUGGAAUCUGGUAAAAUUAUUCAUUAUGCAA